AUGUCGUCGGCAUACCACCCAGACUCGCACGAGCGAGACUCGCGCGUCCCUAGAGUCGCUUCGAGAGCAGGCAGCAUCUCGACCCUCUGGAGUUCCGCAGAGGUGCCCUUUUGCCUCGACCCACGCGUCCACAAUGCCGCAGAUCCCACAGACAACCACCACUACGCCACGCGCAAUCCCUCCGUCUCCUACAGCUCGGCACGCUCCUCUCAGCUCUCCAUCGACUUUGCCAGGCUCAGCAUCGAUAUCCCAGACGAGUAUCCGCGAAGGCCAGACAGCAUCCGUCUCUCCCCACCGCGCCAAUCCGCAUCCUCAAGCUCGGCUUCGAGUGGGAGCUCACCCAGCAGAGUACCGUCGUUCAACAUUGGCACCAUCGACGAGGAUGCGCCCAUGCAGUCCUCGCCCAUCUCCAAGCUGCCCUACCAUCCUCCGAGCCUCGCAGCACAGUCUCGUCUGCUCUCGUCGCGCUUCUCGGAAGACACGAUCGACGAGCGACCGUUCAUCCACCACUCGUCUUCGCAUGGAACUUUUGGCCCGCCGCUGAACGAGCUGCGCAAAGCCUCGGGCGUGUCGGAUGAUUCGAUCGGCGCUUCUUCGCGCUCGUCGUCGUACCACGAUCCCACCCAGCCGAUGUCGACGGCGCGCGGCAACGAGGCGCCGUCCAAGCACUUGUACCGUCGUGCCUACCGCUUCUUUGACGAGACGUACACCGUUCAGCCUCCUUCCGAUGCCGACGAUCAUCAGGUCGAGUCGACGAUGGGUGCGUGCAGCACGAGCCAGACCUCGCACGACGAUUCGCUGCCCUCAUGCUCGCGCUCCCAAACCUCGUCGCACGCUACCACCUCGGACUCCGCCUCGGCUUCCAGCGUCACCAGCGCAACGCCUCACAUGCUCGAGCUCAACAGUGCCACGCUCACCCCAACCAGCGUGCAUGGAGAUAGUACGCUGCUGGCUCAAGGGUGUGCUGCCGCAUCGGAUGGUGGGCACCUCAGCAUCCCGUCGCAGCUGAGCUUCAACUCGGCUCUCACCGCCACCCGUGCGGGAUUCAACCAGCUUCGUGUGCGGCCCAGCACCGCCGAUGUUUACACGCACGAACCGCCGGUGUCGCCGCUGACGUUUCCGGGGCAUGUGCUGCCGGUGUACCCGCCGCAGCAGCACGUGCAAUCGCCAACCGAUGCCAGAUACGAGGUGCGCUCCGAAGGCUUGACGUCGUACGAGAUUAUGCAUCCCACACUGCCAGAGCCACAGCCAAAGAUCAACGCCGCCAGGUCGCCGGGUAAGGCGCGGUUCUUGCGCGCGCGUGUGGCGUCAUCGCCCAAGUUGCGACUCGAUGCGUCGUCGCUCUUUGCAGCGGCCCAUACGCCCGUGCCGCCGCUUCCCGGUGCAGUCAACAAUGCAGCUGCUGCGGGUGAUGCGGAGCGUCGUCCGUCGACGGCGCAAACCGACGGGAGGGCUCCGUUCUUUGGGCGCAGGUUUCGGUCGCGCACGCUAGGAGAGUCGGACCGCGUCGAAGCCCACACCAACGCAGCGGCCACCAAGCACGAAGAACCACCUCGAGCCGUGGGCUGGUCAACGGCCACUGGCGGUAAGCGUCAUCCGAGCCAGGUGUCGGCUACGAGCUCGGAGCUCUUUUCGCACAGUGCGCUGCAGCCCACACCGGGAUCGUCGAUCUGCUCGGCCAGCUCUCCCGCCACCACCAACAGUUCGCUGCCCGUAACGCCGCGGACUACCACCACCUUCCCGCGCCCCAAGAGCCGCGGGACGGGGUCGGCGUCCAAAGCAGGUGGAUCCGGAUGGGCGUCGUAUCUCCACGCGGGGCUGACGCUGCAUCUCGAACACGACGGUCGUGUGGUGCCUGUGACAAUGACGUACCUCGCGUACGAUCCGUUCGGAAGGCCGGAGCAGCUGGUGGAAGGUACAGAGGCAGCGAGGGCGAUGACGCCCAAGCGGCCCAAGUCGCGCGGUGACAAGGACCAGGAAGCCGAACAAUCCGGUACGCUCGAAUUCGGCCCCCUCGAUGACAGGGCACUGGACGUAGGACGUAAAUGCGAUGGCUCGGCGGUGCUCAAGCACUUGACCGUGGGAGAGGAUACCAAGGCCGAUCUUCUGACGCGACAAGCAGCACUAUCGACCAGAACGGGGGUGCAUCAGGUGGCCGGGUAUGAGCGGAGGGGGAGGCUGGCAUGGAAGUUCGCCUACCGCGUAGAGGGCGAGUGGGAGCGGAGGCUGGUGCCCGUGCGCUUCUCGUGCUCGGCGACGCUGCUCAAUCCUGAGCGUGCGCGCAAAUCGCGCCUGAUCAAUCUCGUCAAGAAGCAGAUGGUGCCCUCGCUCGCGUCCAAGGUCGUACCCUCCAUCGACUCUCCCCGUUCGGCGUCGCUGCAUUCCGAGGCUUCGCCGGCUUCAUCCCGACGUGCAGUGCUGCCAGACGGUGCACCGGUAUCCCCCGUUCGACUUGCCGGUGCGAUGCAGAACAGUCCGCUUCGACAGCCGAGUCGAGCGGGUGCGUCGUUCGCAAGCGCCACCUCGGCCGAUACGAGCUACUCGUCCCAACCCGCCACCCCCGGCCGUGAUACCGAUCCCGCUAGAUUGCAUUUGCAGGCUUCGCCGGUAUCGGCGCAAUUCGGACAACCCCAGCGGCCAAUUCCAAGUGUCGCUUCGGUGGCACCGGCGUUGCAGCUGGAUUUGGGAGAUGCACAUGCUGGUCGUGUGCUGCACACCAAACCCUCGUCCACCUCUCUUUCCUCGGCCUCGAGUGCGGCCAAACCGAUCGUUGUGAACGGGCGAAAGUUGAUCCCGAUCAGUCUACCAGCCGGACUGGCACGACAGACCAAGAUCGACCCAGCACUGCUGCAGGGGCAUAUCGUCCCACGGCCCGAUCGAAGUCCAUCGCAGUCGCAGCCCCGCUCGGGAUCAAGACCGCCUACAGCGUCGGAAAGCAUCAAGCUCGAGUACCUCGCUCGGGCGGAGGGAUUGCGACAGCGCUCGUUUGGCGUGCUCGUGCCGGCGGAGUUCGCCGACUCGCGCGUAAGAAGAAGGAGUAGGACAGUAGAGGCGGACGAGCGCCGACCGUUCACGGCCGAUGCGUGGGGAGAGGCCCAGUAUCCCAUCGAGAACGUUCAAUUGGGAAAGCACAACGAAGAUCGCACUCCCCGCGAAGGGGUUUUUGGUAGACAGCAGGGAGGAGCAGAGGGGUACAUGCCACUUUCGGCUCCGCCAAGGCCGCAGAGACCAAGGACUGCCCAGGCGACACAGCAGGAGAAGGGCAGGAAUGCAUAUGGUGUACAAAGCGCCCGCCAGGUGCAGGGCGUGAGAUCCUAG